AGGCCUUUGAAAUUUACAUUUUUGGGCAUUGUCCAAAAUUUUUGAUUCAAGUCGAAUUUUUUCAUAUAGUAACUACUCGGAUAUUACUAAUAGCUUGUUAAUACGCUUUUGUUCUCGUAUAAUCGAAGGUUGAUUUGGAUGUACAGUAAUGGUCUUGGUGUGCAAUGAGUGGUUAAAAAACAAUAUAGAUGAAGACCAGACUCCAAGCCCAGCCCAGACAUCAGCAUCGGGAGCCGUCGGAUCAACAGCAUUAAACAGAACAGUCACAGCCGACGCGGCCACAGAAAUACCUCAGACGACCAGGUAUUUACCUGGAGAAGGACAAGAACCGAAUGUAAAGCAAAAGAAAUCGCAUUACGCUUUAAAUAUGGAAACUGAAAAAAAAGUGGAGCAGGACCAAUUUUUUCAUAUAAUGGAAAUAAGCGAUCAUAUGGCUGAUAGUAAUAACGAUACUUCUAUGGAGAACCAGGAAAAUAACAAUAUGGAAGUAUGUGAUUCCAACACAGUAUGUAUUGACCGACGUACGGCUGAAGUUUCCCAGCAUGCUAUAAAUAUGGCCAUGAACUCUGUCCUGAAUGCAAAUAACACCGGGGUUGGCGUUCGAGUAACUACUGCCUGCAGUCUAUUCAGCCCACUAGGGGUACUAAACAAUAGUCCUUUACAAAAGGAGGUGGCAACGGAAUGCGGAACUUUACAGGUCGCUUCCGUGCCCACAACUUCUACCGUAGAUCUAGACAUAGGAUCGGAAUCUGUCCCAACGGCAUGUAUGGGUGCUGCAAAAAUCGUACUACAUUGCGAAUCUAAGUCGCAUAAGUUUGAGACAAGAUCUAUAUUCUUGCAGCCGAACCAGGAUUGCAAGGUAGGUCGCCUUAUAGCUAAAAGCAAGGCAGGUGAGGGUAACGCUAUUUUUGACUGCAAAGUAUUGUCUAGAAACCAUGCCAUUCUGUGGUAUACUCCAGACGGUAAGUUCUGGGUCAAAGACACAAAAUCUAGCAACGGUACCUUUAUAAACGACAACAAGUUGGGCAGUGAUCCAGCGGAACUACAUUAUGGCGAUAUCGUCAAAUUCGGCGUUGAGGUAAUUGAGAACUCACGUCAGGAGGUGCACGGCUGUAUCCUAGCCCGUGUCGCCCUGUUUCUACCCAACGGGCAAGAGGCCAUUUCGGUUGAGGCAGAGCAAAUGCUUUUGACCGUGACUAAUCGAAUCAGCUUUGAUGAAGUGCAGCGCCUUAACGCGUUUCUCCAAGAGGCUGCACAAAGAGAAAAGUCUCUGAAAGCUAAAUUAAGCAGCUUGCAAGGCGUCCUUGAUACUACGAGAAAAAAUUCUUCAAUGUGUUGGCAAAGCAUGAUUACUGAAGACCAAUUGCUGCACAAAAUAAAUCUUCUGGAAAAGAAAAUACAAAUGAUGGAAAAGAACAUACCAGAAAAUGCACUUCGAAACGAGAUUGUAAAACUUCUUGAGGACAAAACAACGUAUCAGUUAACUGCUAAAGAGGCCCUGCGAAAGGUCUAUCAGGAACGCUGCGAUGCUAUGCAAAUGCUCUCUAAGAUGGAGAUGGCCUACGCCACUUCUGAUAACGAAUGUGGCAUACUUCGCGCUCAAGUUAUAACACUAAAGGAAACAUUGAAUGACUUUAAUUCCCGGUUAGAGGAACUUCAGCAGGAGUACAUGGAAUUCAAGAAGGAGUCAGUACGCCAAGAACAAGAGUCUAUGGAACAAAAAUCUCGCAGUUUGGAGUUGCUAAAUAUGAAGCUAUCGACUCAAGAGCGCGAGCUUAAGGAGCUUCGUGUACAGGCGUCGCGAGACCAUCAAGUUAUAUCCGAGCAUGAUACUGAAAAGUUUAAGGAACAAAUUGACUUAAAACAUCUAGAUACAAUAAAUCUUAACGAUGAUCAUGACCACGAUCAUGCUGUAGGUGAGGAGGCGCUAAAUGAAAAAGAUUAUAAUGAAAGUUCAGACGAUGAUAUUUUGUCUGUGUCUCAAGAUAAAGAUGUGUUAGAUAUUGAACAGCAAACAGCAGAUUCUGUAUUGCAAGAAAAGGUAAAACUAUGUAAUCCCGAUUUACAGCAGGUCAGCUUUAAAUCGAGCGUUUUAAAAUUGCUAAAGAACUCAGAUCUUGGUAAGGGCGAAGAAGGCUCUUCAGUUCUUAAAGCUAUUUUUAAUUGUGACGAUGAAGGCAUUGAAUGUAAAGUUAAGGAGGAUAUGAAAAAGGCUUUAGUUGCAACAGAGUUCGUUAGCAGAAAUACAUCUGAAAUCGUGCAUCACUUUACAAAUUAUUCUGCAAGUCCACAACUUUUAGAAGAUUCGACUGCAGAGAUUUCAUCAGCCCUUCAUUUGGAAAGUAAGAAAGAGUUUGUAGACAAUAAGGAAAAUCUUGAUAUUCCAAAUGCAUUAUCAACUGAACAGACUAUUGAUAUGUUACAAGAUGAAUGCUAUACUUACAAGAAGAAAAUAGCCCAUUCAACAAAUGAAAUACACUUCCUGCAAGCGCAGAUUGAGCUAUUAAAGAAGCAGCUUGAAAAAGACGUACCUCAUAAUUUUAAAACAAGUUUGCAGAAUCUCAGUGAGGAAAGUAGUUUACCGCGUGAGACUUUAAAACUAAUUGAUAAUCGAGAUAGCCGAGAAGAUGUUUGGGACCAGGAUAUAGAAACCAUUAAUAACCCCAAAGAAGAAAUGGAAGAAGAAUUAAUUGUUUACAAGGAACUUCUUGAAAAUUCGGAACUUAAAAACAUGCAGCUUCGUAAAGAGAUCUCGGAGCUGCACUCUAAGCAAAAACACAUGCCGUUUUUUAAACAAGGGUUACUAAGCCGCUUUCUACCUCUUGGCUGUAUUGCCAUCGGUCUGCUCAUAUAUUUUCUUUCCAGUCGAAUUUAAGCGCCAUUCUUAUAGCUAAUGAGGAAAACUUGCAUAUUAAAAGCUAUUACUUUAAACAAUUAUUAUACAUUGGGACGGCAGUAGCUAAUGCUUGCGUUAUCGUCAAACUUAAUUACAUAUUUAUUUUCCUUUGUUUUCAAAAUCACUUCAAGCUCAAAAUUAAAGUAAUAAUAUUAAAAUAAUAAACCAGAGACAACAUUAUUAUCCAAAGUAA